CUUCCGCAAUCCGCAUGCAAACACUGUGGCCUAAUGUCAAGUGGAAGCAUUGUAGCAACAACGAUCGUUUUGCACAGCAGGUGCCUGUCCGAAGAAAAUAUUUAAUAUUGGGAUAGUAGUGACAGGGCGGCAGCAGGAUUAUAGCAUUCUGAAGCUUUUCUCCUGUACAGCAAUAACACACUCAAGCUAUAUUUUAUAACAAAAACAAGGUAGGCUAUUGGUAUGUUUCACUGUGAGGUCUUUGCCUCUGGCUACAUUGUUGACCUUCAGGAUGGACCUAAAAGAAAAGACAGCUGCCAUAUUGAAGCAAUAUGAAGUCGGGAGCAGAUUCUCGUACUUGCCGGUCUUGCCCAAAGCCUCGGUGUUGAUACCGCUAUUUGUGAGGGACGGAGAGGUCCACAUGCUGAUGACUCUACGCUCCCAAGAGCUGAGGACCAACGCAGGCGAGGUGUGUUUCCCAGGUGGGAAGAGGGACCCGAGGGACAGGGAUGACGUGGACACGGCUCUGAGAGAGGCAGAGGAGGAGAUAGGCCUUCCUCCUGACCAGGUGGAUGUGGUCUGCACACUCUUCCCCAUUAUGAACAAGAGUGGUUUGUUGGUGACUCCAGUGGUGGGGUUCAUUGAGGCCUCAUUCUCUCCUCGCCCAAACCCAGCCGAGGUCAGCGCUGUGUUCACUGUCCCUCUGGAGUUCUUCACUAGAGAGAUAGACCACUCAUCCUUCAGCGCGACUGGAAUUGCUGGCUUGCUCCACAGUUUCCAGUUUCCGGACCCUGAAUCAGGCAUCCACUAUCAGAUAUGGGGCCUGACUGCCAUUUUGGCUAUACUGGUCUCUGUCCUAGCCCUCAGAAAAAAGCCUGAGUUUGAGACUGGUUUUGAUUCUGAUGACCCGGUAUCUUUCUUCCAACACAAUCUGAACAAGAGGAUCAGUAAACUAUGACAUAUAUCAAUGUUAAAAAAAAUAAAUGAUUUUUAACCAGAUAAAUAUCUCCAUUGCAUUAUAUAAUUUUCCCUAAAAUGUAAUUGUUCUGCCAACUGUAAAUGUGGAAUCAUGUGCAAUACCUACAUUCUUUACAAAAUGUAUUUUUAUUUUUACUUUGAAUGUAAUUUGUGAAUAUUGUAUAUUGAUGACAAUAAAAAAGUAUGCUAUUACA